AUGCGAUCGGAUUGGAGGGCUCACCAGUCAGAUCCUCAAGCAGGACUUCAAUCAUGUACCGGCGCGCUAUUCCUUAUGGGAGGCAUCUAUCCCCGCACCAAUGCGAUCCUGAAAGAGCUUGGCCACUACAACGACUUGGUACCUUGGAAGGCCAUCACGCAUGUCAUGGAUUGCGACCGCCAGCGACACAUCGCGCGUUUCGACAAAGCCACCAGCUUCAUCAUGAUGCCUGUAAUCAGUCUACUUGAUCGACUUGAGUUAGCAAUUGGCGUCAUGAGGCAGCUGCUCUUACCAGGCCCCAAGUUACUCUUUGACGGUGCUGAGCUUGCCUUAUACGAAGACCGUGAGAUCAGGAAGAAAGUUACCAAUUAA